AUGUCGGUCCAGUCAAACAUUGCGAACGAGCGUGAGGGGCAGUUCAAUUUGGACGGCAUUCUCAGUGAGUUGGGCAGCUUUGGCAAGUACCAGCUCCUGUUGCUGUUCCUGCUCGCCUUCAGAGACUCCUUCCUCAGCAUGUGCAACUAUAACUAUGUCUUCACUGCCGCUGAGGUUCCGUACAGAUGCCGCAUACCGGAGUGCGAGUCAACCCCGGGCUACGCGGCGCACUUCGCGACGAACGCGUCGUGUCGCCGACCCGCCUUGAACGAGACCGCGUGCGAGGCGCGCGAGACCAACGCCACGGUCGAGUGCGAGGACGUGGUCUACGAGGACUACAACAGCAUUGUCGCUGAGUUCGACUUGGGCUGUCAGCCGUGGAAGAGAACGCUGAUUGGAACUGUCCACAAUCUGGGACUUGUUUUUUCAUUCGUAAUCUCAGGAUUAAUUUCAGACAGAUACGGCAGAAAGGUGAUAAUUGUUGGCACGCCGCUAAUGGUGGGCGCGGCCGGCGUGCUAAAGUCCUUUGCCUUCAAUUAUUGGAUGUUAAUAGUACUGGAGUUUCUGGAAACAGCACUGGGAUACGGCAACGCGUCUAUGGUAUUAUCUUUAGAAUUAGUGAGUCAAGAGAACAGGGUCGCGUUUUCUUGCAUAUCAGACAUUUUGGCCAGCUUGGGCGGCGCGUUCUUUGGACUCAUAGCCUGGAAGAUUCCAUAUUGGAGACAUAUGAUGCGCGCAAUUUACGCACCUCUUUUAAUUGUGCUGUUUUACAUAUUUCUCGUCGACGAAGGCGUGAGAUGGCUGUUAGCGCACAAUAGGAAAGAUGAAGCGGUUCGAGUAUUAAAUAAAGUAGCGAAAAUUAACAAUAUAACGCUUUCCAAUAAGGCAAAGGAAAUGCUCACGAGUAUCACGGAAGAGAGAAGUAAGGUUGAGAAGGUACAACCCGAAACCGAAAGACCACAAAUAUUUUCAGUACUCCGCUCGAAAGCCAUCGUCGUUCGUAUGGCGAUCAUGGCAGCUUGCUUUUUUUCUUGUAUAUUCGUGCACAGCGGGGCCAUCAUCUACACUACCAGCAUCUCUGGCAGCAAGUAUCUCAACUACUCUAUCAUGAUGCUCGUGGAUGUCCCUACGAGAAUAGUCACUGCUUUUACUCUGACAAGGUUUGGUAGAAAAACGCCGAUAUGUGUAGCGUACUGUCUGUGUGCACUGUUCUUUAUGACGUCAGCUUUUGUACACAAAUCUGUUUGGUGGGUUUCCGUUAUUUUCUACAUGGCGGGCAAAAUGUGCAGCAGUUAUGGCAAUUUCUCAGUAUACGUUGUAGCGAUGGAGCUGUUCCCGACCACGUCUCGUAACUCACUUACUAAUAUUGCCAACACUUUUGGCCGUCUCGGGUCUGUGUUGGCUCCUCAAGCACCAUUGCUGGAAAAAUACAUGUCAGGUCUACCAAGUUUGACCUUCGCAUUGGCAGCCUUAGGUACAGCAUUGCUGACUCUCUGUCUACCAGAUACGAGCAGAACCGCGCUACCGGACAGAGUUAGUGAUGCAGAACGCAUCGAUGCUCCAGGAGACAAUAACGAUGCCAGCAAUGCGUGACGAAGUAACUCAUACCGUUCAUCAAAGAUAAAUACCAAGUGCCAUGUUGAAACAGUAGUCACUGCAACCGGUUUGCAGGUGUCAUUCUACGUGCGUUUGUGUUUUUUUAAUGGCUGUGUGUUUCCGGAGCUUCGAGAAAAACUUUCACCGUACUGGAAGCAGUUGAGUGGGCGUUCAUAAUCAGACAGUGAAACUCUAGAGAAGAAAUAGAAAUGAGAGAACUAUUGAAAUAGACAUACGUUAAUUUAAAUGAGUUUUUAAAAGCAAAAGUGAUUUAUUAAUGUUACGAUAGCUAUAAAUAAUAUUAAUUGUAAAGUGAAUGAGAAAACUGUGCCAGUUUAGUGUGUAUAUUUUUAUAAAUAGCCGUUUGAAAAGAAUAUAUUUUGUAUAGAAGUAU